AGGUUUUAAAAAUAUCUUCAUUUUAGGACCGAGGAAUCCUGUCGGAAUCAAUGGGCCGGGACGCCGACAUAGGUUAUAUUUUAUCAUUGGGCGUACAUCGCAAAUACCGUCAAAAUGGCAUUGGAUCACUGCUGCUGGAUUCUCUCAUCAACCACCUAACGACGGCCGAGCGCCAUAAAGUAAAGGCCAUAUUCUUGCAUGUGCUAACGACCAACCAAACCGCAAUACUUUUCUACGAACGAAGAGGAUUCGUUCUUCACUCGUUCCUGCCUUACUAUUACUCAAUACGGGGUAAAUGCAAAGAUGGCUUCACGUAUGUGUCGUACCUUAAUGGAGGCCACUCACCAUGGAGUUUAUAUGAUCAUCUCAAAAACUGGUGCUCUUUGGUGGUCACCGCAGGAGGACUCUGCUCCUGGCUUAGCGGGCGCAUCCGAAGUGCAUUUCGUUGGGUUUGUUAUCGUACCAUAUCGAGGUUCACGUUUACGCAGGACACCUAAGAGACGAAAAGUCUCCUCCGAAUGUUUUCCGGUGAUUCGUUAUAGUCAAAUAUUUAAGUUCGGUAAGCACAAAUCUUUUAUUAGGGUGGAUAUAAAAUAACACGCUGCGCAAGUUGUUAUGAAUGGCGUAACGGUUUUAAAUUGUCACACAUUUACUAAUAAGCCGCUAGAUAAUGCAAUUGUUGACCAAGGAUUAUUUAUUCAUUGCUUCCGUUUUUGAGGAUAUUUUAAAACACUAGUUGCAGAUUUGAUGCAACAUCUUUAUUUGAUCGAUCAUAUUAGAAUGGCUCUCUCUAACUCAUUUUGCAGGGACAGGCGGAAUAUGUUACAUUUCCAGAUAUGAGACGGAACUAACUUUUGUUAGACAUAGGGACAAGUGUAUCGAUAUAUAACAUGUUUAAGACAGAGAGAGUUGACUAAACACGAUAGCUAAAAUCGACAUUUCAUGUAUUUGACAAUAAACCAAAAGCUUUUUUUAUUUAUUCCAUUCUUAUUCACAUUUAUUCAGAUUAGGUUUUUCUAUAUAAAUUAAUCGACGAAUCUUUGUUUAUA